AUGCUUCACGAAGGCCCCAUCAGCGGGAGAGGUCGGAUCUCUUUCAUCACGCGGAACACGCCCGAGCGCAGCGGCACCACAUCGGUGACAGUCAACGGAAACGAGAUCAAGGCAGUUCUCAAGGCGGAGGGCAGACCAGCACCAGCCCUGCUAUUCUCCAAAUGUCUUUGUAGUCUUAUGCUGCGGCUGAAUCUUGUGCCAGCGCCAGCCCAACAGACCGGGGACGCCACCACCUGCAGCGAUAGGGUUGGUGCCGGCUGGCAGCUCGUGCGCCGCUCGACCGGCAAGUCUUUCCCCUAUACGGACCAGUUGGAAGGGUCUGCGCCCGCGUCGGGUACGCCUCACAGGGAUCCGCUGGGAGCCGCCUUCACCAAGCGGUGGAACGCGAACAGCGGCAACGAGGACUUCGACGAGUUCCUCUUUGCCACGGGCGACUGUCAAAAGUGGAUGGUCAUGAAGAAGCCUCAGGUGAUUGGAGCGAACAACUGGUAUCAUCACAACGAGCCCCGCCAGAUCCUGAAGUCCCACACCUCCGAUGUGCCGUACGAAGCGGUGAUGGUCCGACGAGGGGGUCAUGGGGAAGACCCCUGGGUCUCGUUUAGAGGUCACUAUCAUCACGACGAGGCCAAGGGCCACACAAACGAUCGUCACUGCGACGUGCUCUACGUAGGAAACAACGCCGAUCCGUGGUGUACGACGGGAGACCUUGGUGACCUUCACGAGGGACUCAACGUCUUCACUCGCAAAAGUCAGGCCGUGCCGACCGGGGACGCCACCACCUGCAGCGAUAAGGUUGGUGCCGACUGGCAGCUCGUGCGCCGCUCGACCGGCAAGUCUUUCCCUGAACGAGACUUCUUGGAAGGGUCGGCGCCCGCAGCGGGUACGCCUCACAGGGAUCCCAAGGGAGGCGCCUUCACCAAGCAGUGGAAUGCGAACAGCGGCAACGAGGACUUCGACGAGUUCCUCUUUGCUACGGGCGACUGUCAAAAGUGGAUGGUCAUGAAGAAGACUCAGGUGAUUGGAGCGGACAACUGGUAUCAUCACCACGAGCCCCGCCAGAUCCUCAAGUCUCACAUCUCCGAUGUGCCUUACGAUGCGGUGAUGGUCCGACGGAGCGGUUCUCCGGAAGACCCAUGGAUCUCGUUUAGAGGUCACUAUCAUCACGACGAGGCCAAGGGCCACACAAACGAUCGUCACUGCGACGUGCUCUACAUAGGGGGCAGCGUGGAUCCAUGGUGUACGUCGGGAGACCUUGGCGACCUUCACGAGGGACUCAACGUCUUCAUCCGCAAGAGUCAGGCAUCCCCCGGCGACACGACAUCUGACGAGUUUCCCGUAACCUUGGAUUUCGACGUGCAAGAGGGCAACCAGGUCCUGACCGUCGACCAGCCCAUUCUGCGAUCAUUCUACUUCGAGGUCACCAAGGCUGACUCUGGCGAGCAAGCUGUGACGCUGCCGAGGCCGGACAACGCUCGCGAUCUAUUCACUUCCAAUUGCUACCGGAGACUCUCGUACAUGAGAUGCGCGGGAGAUGCCGGCAAGAUUUCAGUCUACCCCAACACGCAAGAUUGGGUCCUCAAGUUCUACAUGCGGAUGAACAAGGAGAAAAAGAUGAUGGCAGAUGGUCACUUUUAUGGGCCUUCUUUUGACAUUUUCAACUCUGUCGGCACCCACAAUUAUUUUGAUAUUGGCGUGCACGGAAACAUUGUGGCUGCUGGUCCCCUUUUCACGAAGGAGGCCCAUGGCCAUGGCAAGCCCGAGAUCAGUAUCGCCAAGACUCCGUGGACCAGGGGACAAUGGCACCGCUGGGAGAUCGCAUUUCAAGAUGGCUUGUUCAUUGUGCUGAUGGAUGGCGAGGUCAUUUCGUCAUAUAGUGUGACACUGCCAUAUGUGCAUACCUUCGUCAUCCGCGCUGGCAAGAACGAGGUGGAUGUCUCUGACCUAUCCAUUACGCAGGACAUCUUCACCCUCAAGGCCGAUGCGAUAACUUCUGAUGGUCGCUCCUUCGGAACCGAGCUGGCAACAGCCAACUACCCUGUGAGCGGUCUUCGCUCCUUGAGUAGUGGUGGAGCUCGGAGGGACUUCAUGACCCAGUGCCGCAAAGGCCAGGCGAUCUGGAGAGGUUCCAUGUCGCUGUGGAUGCAGGCGGCACCCCGUUUUGAAGAGCUCAAGGGCACCGCCAUCUAUGGCCACAGGACUGUCCAUGCCAACAACGACUUCCAGAAGGAUGACGUCUUGACGACUGGCGUCCUUUGCCCGUGA